CGUGUCCACGACCGUGCCGUCGUACGAGGGUGCGCCUUCAGGCAGGGUGACCGGCUCUCCGCGGGAGAGGGGGGCGGGUGAGAGAAGGACAGAGGGAAAAUUGUCGUCAUCCCCUUCGUGGUGCCGUUCCUCGGGGGCGCUCGCUCGCUCGCCCGCUCGCUCUCUCUCGCCGUCGUCUACGCGGGACCACCGAUGCAGACCUUACGGAAAAAAAACAGUCCGUGCAAGUUCAAAAAUGACCCAACCCGGUUCCUUGGGGAGGGCGUGUCGUUCAAGGCGAAGCUGAUCGGUAUUCUGGAGGUGUCGGAAGCGCGCGGUGACCGGAUGUGCCAGGCGGCCUUGGCUGACCUGAAGAUGGCGAUUCGCGCCGCCGGCGAGCACAAGCAACGAAUCGCCGUUCAGGUCAGCAUAGACGGGCUCCGUUUGAGGGACGAAAAGACGGGGGACUGCCUGUAUCACCACCCGGUGCAUAAAAUAUCGUUCAUAGCUCAGGACAUGAGCGAUUCGAGAGCCUUCGGGUAUAUUUUCGGGUCACCGGACACCGGGCAUCGAUUCUUCGGCAUCAAGACUGACAAAGCGGCGAGUCAGGUGGUGAUAGCGAUGCGGGACCUGUUUCAAGUAGUGUUCGAGCUGAAGAAAAAGGAGAUUGAACUGGCGAAACAGCAGAAUGCCCUUAAUGCGAUUAAAUUCCACACCGGCGGUAUUUUCGUUGAGUCGGCACCCGACACUAAGGGCGCAGCAGGCACCGAGUCAUCGUUUCAUCGUAUUCGCACGAUGAACUGCGAGGUCGACAAAACCGCCGAUCGCAAGAACGAGGCGCAGAGCGGCGUGAUUGCGGAUUUGCUAGAUCUGCAGUUCGAGCUGAACUCGCUGCAGCAGGGCAUUCAUCAGUUGGACAAAAUUACGCCAGAAAAUCCCGUACUGUCUACCGACGAUCUAUUCGAGACCGAUCCGUUCGGUGAUUCUUUCGCGAACAUGAAGCUGCAGGACACAGUUCGUCCGAUUCUGCCACCGCCACCCUCCUCGACAAAGAGGGGGCAUUUAGAGCGACAGCAUACUGUACCGGCACCGCCCGCAUCAACCACUUCCAGUCCGGCGACAUUAGUUAGUAAGACGCCACCGCCGCAAAGCACAAUUCACUGGUUCAACAAGGAGGCCGAGGAUCUCUUCAAUGACAAAGAGAUCACGAACCUAAGUAAAAAUUCGAUGACGAAGGAUCAGGAGGACAGCUCGCUGGAGACCACGCCACGUAACAGUCAAACGAAAAGUCCGCAAAUCGACGUGUUUACGGAGUUGGAUCCCCUGGGGACCGGCCUGAUCAAACCUUACGUGGACAAGAAGGACUUCUUUCAGCACUUGAAAAAUCCACCGAAGAAGGUCCUCAAGGAUCUGGUGUCCACGAGUUCUACCGACAGUUUUCCGACCAACUUUAAUAUUACGACCAGCAUGGAAUCGACGAAAUCGCAGAACGAGAGGUCAUCGAGAGAAAGUGAGGACGGCAAUUUCGCCAAUUUCGAUCAAUUCGAUGAAAACGAGGCAGGCCAGUCCUCUCAGCAGAGAAUCGAUUCGCCACCGAAGAAAGAGACGGUCACGCGAUCGAUACAUCAUCAGCCUCUCUCGGUGUCUCUGCCACCGGAGGAGCCAACGGUAACCAAAGGAACCACUGCGGGGGGAAGCUCAAUCCUUUGCAGCAUGGAUAGAGAUUCGACGGAAUCGACACAGGGAUUGGUGAAGCUACCGAGUCCGAAGAAGUAUCUUCAAUCAGUGCGGAAGAGGGACUUCGAUAUCGAUUUGCCGGCCGGAAAAACGCAGUCCAUGGAGUCCAACAAGCAAUUCCCGGUGGACUUCUCGAUGACGAACGAGUCGCCAGCGUCGCCGUUACGGUCUUGCUCGUCGGAAGCGAACUCGCGUCUCUCCAGCUCGAGCGCGGAGUUGGAUCUAGUGCCGGAACCGCCGCCCAGGGGCGCGGGAAAUAUCCUAAUCAACCCGCCGCCUUUACCGCCGAAGAAGCAGGGGGCCCGUGGGGGCGCCAGGCCACCCCCCAGACCGCCGCACACGGAGGGACAUUUCCAGUACGACUUCCCACCACGCGAGACCUCGCCGUCGCCCACGAAAAUCGCGAGGGACAAGAACAAAAGCCCGCCGAGAGAACUCAAGGGUCAUCAGUUUGACGACAAUUUCAGCCCGCCCGCGCACAUACCCAGCAGAUCGGACUUUACGACCACUGCCUCCUUCGAGGAUUCCUUCAGCUCGAUAAUAUCGUCCACGACGUCGUUCUCGUCCGUUCCCUUCACCAGCAGCAGCGGCAGCAGUAGCACGGUCUCGGUCAAGGAUUCCAAGAAAACGAAACCGCCGCUCGACAUCACGCUCAGCCAACUGACAUCAUCAUGGACGAAUUUAGAUGAGUUAGCCUCCAGUCUCGGCAUGACGACCCAGGAACUGACGGGUCUGACUUUGACCCAGCUCACGCAAUGCUUGUCGACCCUAUCGACGAAGGAGACCGUCGCGGAGGAGACUACCAUUCCGUCGACGACAACAUCGACGACGGUGAAGGAGCAAACGGUACUGUCAAAACCUGCGACCUCGUCGCUGUCAUCAUUGGCAGCGUCGAAAUCGCUCGAGACGACAGUCGGAUCGAGUUUAAUCUCGUCCGCGUGCUCGGAGUCCUUCAAAGCCAAUUACGAAUCGGAGACAAAACAGGAUCCUACGUACGAUAAGUACGCAGUUUUUCGAGAAUUGUUAGAGUUGGAACAGAUGGAACAGAAAACGAAGAUCGAACAGCCACCUGACGAGAAUGAGGAAGCGCUUAGUGAAGACAGGCAAGAGUCCGACAAAGCGGACGUGCAGCUGGAAAUGCAGAUCAGCGAGAGCACUUCUAUAGCAUCAUUAGUAAAUUUGAACAUCAAAUUAUCGGUCAAGAGUGAAAAUUUGUUGAAGGAGGAAUCCACAACGAAGUCGAACGAAACGACGACUACCUCUCGCGCGAAUUUAGCGACAGAGAAGGAAAAAUCAAUGGACGAAGACAAAGACAUUGAAAAGGAAAGCGACGUGAUGGUGGACGCAGAUGUCACGUCUGAUUCGUCCACGGUCCAGCAGACCGAGAUAGAUGUUGAGGACGAUACGGAGAAGACGCAGACUAUCAUGGAGGCAGAGGAGAAGGGGGAAAAUUCCGAGAGGGGAAGCGACGCCAAUGGCACAUUGUCUGACAAGAUCGGCUCUGACAUUCUCAACGACGAGACGAACGGCUCGUCCGUGGCCGAGAGAUCCUCGACAGAGGUGAAAUCCUCGACCUCGACGUCGAGCGACAGAUACGCUGCCCUGCGGGAAAUCAUCGGCGAGCCGGAGCCGGUGCCGAUCAAGAAGGACGACGAGGAGUUGAUAGGCUCCGCCCGAGCGUCGCCGGUGGUGCAAUCUCAGCAACAGAUUCAGCAGUCGAGAAGCCUGGCUGAAGUGGAAUUGUUGAAUUUGUUCUCCGACCUGCCGCCACCGUCGAGCCCGAAUAUCUCGGCCAAGAAGGAUUCGGAGGACCUAAAGGCCGUAGCGAUGGACAUUUUCGAGGAGAUCAAGAUGCUGAACACCGGCACGCAUCGCGCCAAGGAAACCAAGCCACUGGCUUCGUCCUCGGGUUUUGAGGAUAUGUUCUGUCCGUUUGCGGAGACAACGCGAUUGGACAAGGACGACAGCAAGGAGGAUAGCAAUUGGGCCAAGUUCGACACGGGUGUCUUUGGCUCGUCCGACAAGUCUUCGUGCGAGGGGCAGCGAUCGAUAGGCGGCACUUCGCCCUGGUCACCGGACGGCAAGGAUUUCCACAGAGAGGUCCCGUUCAAAGGAAGCGGCGGUUACCGGCACUCGGGGGACAGCGACAACGAAUGGAAGGACGAGGAGGAGAGCGAGGAGAGCAACGGUAGGGCGCGUGGGGACGGCAGAUACUGGUCUAGUUUCCGGCAUCCGCGAUUCGACGCGCCCGGUUUCGAGGACAGGUCGUUUUACGAGGAUCCGGACAAGCGGGACCGUGCAAGCUUCCGCGACAAGAUGGGCAGGAAGUCACGCGGCGUACCGUGGACCAAGAGCGGCAGCGUUCAUCGACCGCGCGAUCCCUCGCCCUGGCACGAGGAGAGUCAGUGGGAGGACGAGGGUCCGCGGCGGUAUCCGCAUCGGAAAGUGCAGCCCUACAUGGACGACGAGGAGCAAUACGAGGCGCAUUGGAAGUGCCGUCCGAAGCCGCCGCCGCCGCCGCCGCGCAACUGGAGCCACGAUGUUCACGGUUCGUACUACGACGACGAGCGUAAGCGGAAACUGAUGCUGUGGAACGAAGAGGACCGUUUCGGCAGCAGCCAGGAGAGCAUGGGCUACGACGAGGAAGACCGAUGGAGCAGAAGAAGGUACGAGAGGAGACGAUGGGAGGAGGAUAACAGAACAUUCUGGGGUAGAAGAGGUCCCCCAGACGCCGACUACUCUAUGAGAGAGGCGUAUUACUACUAUCGCGAUAGCAGGGAGAGACCUCACGACUAUCCGUCCUGGGAUGAGGAGUACCCCCCGGAACGUCCGGGCGAUGAUUCGCCCAGGUACAAUCCGGCGGGCAGGAAGAGACACUGGCCGAAGAGACCCAACAGCGCGAACGACGGCCGCAACAGCGAUAUGAUUUAUGCGGACCCGCGCAAGUUCGGCGCCUCCAGGUCCGAGUGCAGCGACAACGACUCCGAUCCGUACCUGCGUCCCUCCCAACGCUCUAGAAGCCGUGAGAGUUACUGGGGCAGUGAUCAGGAAUACGACAGCUGGGUGGAACGACCGUACUGGUCCGAGGGCCCCGACUCGAAGAGCGAGACGAUGCACCGCAAGCGAAUAGCCAGGCACAAGACUCGACAGGUGCAGAAGACAACGCAGAGUCCAUUCGAGGACGAUUUCACGCAGAGCGUCGAGCACAUGGAGGCGUCCGGUCCGAGCGGCGCGGUAGAGCCGCUGGCGCCAGUGGACGCGCGUAUGCGACCGGACGCGGCUGAUCAGAAGCGGGAGCCGCCACCCGCGAGUCCGUCGUCUGGUAUCAGAGGCCCCAAGGAUCAUCAUCCCAGGCGAGAUCUCUCCGUGCGAGAGUACAGUAAACGGUCGAGCUACUUCGAGGACGACCUCACGCCCACGGCGAGCGCGUCCAGCGACGCGUCUGACCGACAGAGGUUGUCGUCCGAGCUCAAAGCCACCCCGGAGGAGCUGCCGUGCGACACCAAGGAUCCGCAGCCGCAGCAGCAGCAGCAGCAGCAGCAACAGUCCAUCGACGGUUUCACCUCCGAAGACAGCGGUCGCGAUUCCUUCUUCAACGGCGAUCUGAGGUUCGACGACGACGCCUUCGUCUUCAAGUCCGAGCUGGAAGACAAUGUGCCGGACCAUCGCGCCACUACGUUGCCGCUGAAGAACUCCAGGCAGGGGAAAUACGGACCGGGGAAUAAUAAUAACAAUAACAAGACGGCCAGGGGCGAUCAGUACAUCCGGAAGUCGGAGUCGGUGAAUAUCUUCGCGAGGGAGAACGAUCCGUUCGACGGCGACGAUUUCUUCAACUGACCUGUCAGGCGAUCGGCGAAAGUGAGGAUCGCUAAAAUCCCGCGUUGAGUUCGGUGACACUGGCGAUGUGGACUAGAUAAUUGGGAGCUUGGAUUAAAAAAAAAAGAGGGCAAAAUAGAGAGAAAGAGAGAAGGAACAAAAGGACAAAGGGACGGUUUUCGUGGCGCAUUGGAAAAACGUCGGCGGAUCGUGAAAAACGGUGGGAUUCACGCUACAACGACACACUUGGUUCUCCUCUAGUCGGAACUAGACUAUAGCAAAUAAACGUAGUAAAAUUGAAGGAAGAACUUCGAAUGCAAACAUAUCCGAAAAAAUUGUUGUCCAUAGCGAUUUUUGUUGCGCUUCUCUAGUUUCGCAAAAUUCUUUUAAAAAUCGUGUCCGAGAGAGAGAGAGCGCAACUCUUCGUCACGCGACUGAAAAGAUUUUCUUGUAUUUCAUCUUGCAUUAAUUUACAAUACACAUUCCCCUCCCCCUGUACUUUCUGACAGAUUUGUUCAAACUAAACAGAUUGAUUCGUUUUGAAGAAAAAGUUAAAAUACUCGUUCAAAAGUGAUUUUGUUUGAGAAUUCUGAACGAGUUUUAAAACCACAAAUAUUCUACAAUAAAAAAGCUAGUCACUACUUUAACGAAUCUGUAUAUAAUAUUAUUGAUGUAUUAGGAUCGAUUAGGAGAGAGAGAGAGAGAGAGAGAGAGAGAGAGAUCAGCAUGACUUCAUAAAUAUUUAUGUAUUACAUAUUUGUUAAAUAUCGUUUUUAUUUGUAUUUAUUGUAUUUAUUUAUAUACUCAAUUUAUGUUAAUUAUUUAUUUAAUCGUCGUUUUGUUGCAGAAAGUUUGUGAAUGUGCAGUUUGACACUAUUAGUUUUAAAGAAAUUCUAGUCACGUAACCGUUGCAUUUGGGAGCUUCGAGAAAGGAGAAGAUCGAUAGCGCGCGUUUCGGGGACUAAUCAAAACAUGAUUUUUAUACAUUUUUAACUAGCAUUUUUAACUAGCGAAUCAAUUACUUUGCAUUAGGUGUUCGUACAUCGUCGAGGCUCCUUCUAUAAGCUCCCCUUCGAUUUGCCAUUCGGUUACGCUGCUGAUAAAUUGCUCUCACGCGUGAGAGAUGCAAAGGGCGGUAGAAUUAUGUUUACACAGACGAGAUUAUUGCCUUAUGUUCGUCGUAUCUUUAAUAUUCUAGUAUGUGAAAUUGACUCGAGUACGAAAAGACUGCGUUAUUUGAUGCAUAUAAAGUUGGAUUGUGGAGAGAAAAGUUUCUUUAAAAAAAUAUAAACUGAUCUACCUUAUCCCCUAACCUUUCGAUAUUAUUAAUUAUUUCACCGUAAGUGGAAAAUAAAUAUAAUAUUCAGAGAAUAAUGUAAUUCCAAGUCAUUUAUGAUGUAAUUUCAAGUUAUCACGUUUAACAAAACUUCACAGUUAACGUAAUAUUUUUAUGACAAGAUAACUUGAAAAUUUCAAACAAUAUCGUCCAGCGUGUGCAUAUUUUUUUUUGCAAUUCUUUUCCAAUUUAACAUACAGAUUAGUGGCUCGAUGGCUUAAAUUUACAUUAUUCUCAAUGUUUUUAAAAACUACGUUUCCACGAAAGCAAAAAGAAAGACAAAUAAGAAUUUUUUACUUCAAGCUAUAAAUAUAACUUGCGUCGCUGCAUUUUUUUCCCGUUUAACAUCAUAUACAAGGUGUAUCACGAAUUCGUUAAGAUUUAUCGCAAUUUCUCCGCUAGCACACCUGCGUGAUUUACGUUGAUAUUUUUGUGCCAUCCACCGUAUUACAACGAUCACGCCGACAUUUUACACACUGUAUGUACUUAUGUAAUAAUAGUAGUAAAUUAUUUAUCACUCGUUUAAUGAUUACUCGACACUGUAUUGCGAGUAUGCGUCUGAAAUGAUAACGACAAUACCGCUUCAAUAACAAUUCGAUUCCUUGUCCUCCCCUCCCCCCAAAAAGAUUUGUUAUGGCUGAUAAUCAAUUAUACAUAAUCAAUGCAAAUUUAUCUCGCUGUUUUUACAUAUGACUUCUCAAGGGACCCGUGUAGAUACAACUUCGUGCGGUGACUGAUGACAAGGAGAAAUUAACAACUGUAUAAAAAAAA